CUGCUGGGUUGGUAUCUUGUUCAUCCUCUCCUUGCAAUGCAAUGAUUCAGUGCUCUCCGCUCCGCUCCGUAAGAACAACUGGAAAGGGGAUUUUGUUCACAACCGAGAGCAGGUCGAUUCAAGCAUGCAUUAGCCUUGGUUCUGCUAAGGCAAGUGAGGUUAUAUUAACUCUAGGCAGUUCAAAAACAGUACAGGAAUUCCUUUUUGCUGCAAAGGAGAAAAAAAAGAGAUCAUUUCGGGUAUUUGUUGCAGAGGGAGCUCCAAGGUAUCAGGGGCAUCUUCUUGCAAAAGAAUUGGCUGGAAGAGGUUUACAAACAGCGCUGAUUACUGAUUCUGCAAUUUUUGCUAUGAUAUCUCAAGUGAUCAUGGUUAUAGUUGGUGCUCAUGCUGUCAUGGCCAAUGGUGGUGUUAUAGCACCUGUUGGGUUGAAUAUGGUUGCACUUGCAGCCCAAAGGCAUGCUGUCUCUUUUGUUGUACUUGCUGGCAGUUACAAGGUUACAUAACACAAAACUACUUGUAUUUUUAUCAUUUGAAAAAUCCUUCGUUUUGUUUUCAUUUUUGGGGUUAAAAACAACUUGGUCUAAUAACAAUCCACCUAUGGGGUAGCAAGUAAAGAGCAGCUUUGAAAGAGUUGAGUAGAAGGAAUCAUUUAAGUCAAAUAUCUGGGGAUGAAAUAUCCAUCCCAUCUAAGAAUUGAGUCUCCUUUAGCUGUUUGAUAAUUAAGUCAGAUGGUAAAUAGAUAGCAUUACCUCUUAGGUUUCAUUCAAGUUUAUGUUAGUUGCUAGUGUGUUAUUAGCUUUGUUUUUGCAUGAUUAGACUAAUUACAAAGAAUGGUAGAAUGGGGAUCUGGUCUCAUGGGAUUCUCAAAG